AUGGAUAGGAAGUUUGAAUGCAUAUUUGAAGGUUUAGCAAAGCAAGACCACUCAACCCUCCUCAAUGAGAUCUAUACAGAGCUCUACAUCACAGAGGGGGGAAGUGGGGGGGUCAAUAAUGAACACGAGGUCAGACAGAUUGAGACAGCAUCCAAGAGACAAACCACACAGGAGACUGCAAUCCUCUGCAAUGACAUCUUUAAGCCUUUACCUGGACAAAAGAAACCCAGAACUGUGCUUACAAAGGGCAUCGCUGGCAUUGGGAAAACCGUCUCUGUGCAGAAGUUCAUUCUGGACUGGGCAGAAGGAAAAGCCAAUCAGGACGUUGAUUUCAUCUUCACCCUUCCUUUCCGAGAUCUGAACUUGAAGAAGAAAAGAGCAUUCAGUCUGAUGCAACUUCUGCAGCACUACUUUCCACAACUAAAAGAGAUCAAAAGUGUUGAUGGUGAAGAAGUCAAAGUUUUAUUUAUCUUUGAUGGUCUGGAUGAGUGUCGACUUCCUCUAGAUUUCCGAAGCAAUAAGAAGUGCUGUGAUAUAACAGGGUCAUCAUCAGUGGAUGUGCUGCUGACCAACCUCAUUAAGGGGAAUCUGCUUCCCACUGCUCUCCUCUGGAUAACCUCCCGACCAGCAGCAGCCAAUCAGAUCCCCCCUGAGUGCGUCCACCAGGUGACAGAGGUACGAGGGUUCAAUGACCCACAGAAGGAGGAGUACUUCAGGAAGAGAAUCAGAGAUCAGAACCAGGCCAGCAGAAUUAUCUCACACAUAAAGUCAUCCAGGAGUCUCUACAUCAUGUGUCACAUACCAGUCUUCUGCUGGAUUUCUGCUACUGUUCUGGAGACAAUGUUGGGUAAAGCCGAGAGUGGAGAUCUGCCCAAAACUCUGACUGAAAUGUACACACACUUCCAGCUAAUUCAGACAAAUGUAACGAAUCAGAAGUAUCAUAGCACCAAUGUGACAAACUCAAAGAAGAUGUCAGCAUCAGAUACAGAAAUCAUCCUGAAACUGGGGAAGCUGGCUUUUCUACAGCUGGAAAAGGGCAAUCUUAUAUUCUAUGAAGAAGACCUGAGAGAGAGUAGCAUUGAUGUCAGUGAAGCUUCAGUGUACUCUGGGAUGUGCACAGAGAUCUUUAAAGAGGAGUGUGGGUUGUACCAGGAGAAGGUCUACUGCUUUGUGCAUCUGAGCAUUCAGGAGUAUCUGGCUGCCUUGUUUGUGUUUCAUUCAUGUGUAAAUGAGAACAGAAAUGUACUCAGAGCAGAAAAAUCAAAACCUCGCAGUGACAGAGUGCAGCUGUCUGAGUUACACAGGAGUGCAGUGGAUCAGGCCUUAGAGAGUAAGAAUGGACACCUGGACCUUUUCCUCCGAUUCCUUCUUGGCCUCUCUCUGGACUCCAUUCAGACUCUUUUAGGAGGACUACUGACACAGACAGGAAGCAGAUCUGAUGGAGGAAGGCACAAAACAAAUUCUUACAUUAAGGAGAGGAUCACAGAGGAAUCAUCAGCAGAGAGGACCAUCAAUCUGUUUCACUGUCUCAAUGAACUGAAUGACAGCUCUCUAGUGAAGGAAAUCCAGAAUUCCCUGAGAUCAGGAAGACUUUCUGCUACAAAGCUGGAACCAGACCAGUGUUCAGCUCUGGCCUUUGUGUUACUGAUGUCAGAGGAGAUCCUGGAUGAGUUUGACUUGAAGACCUACAACACAUCAGCAGCAGGUCAUCAGAGACUGCUACCAGUAAUCAGGAACUGCAGGAAGGCCAAACUGAACAGCUGUGACCUCACAGAGAAGUCCUGUGAUAGUGUGGCCUCAGCUCUCCAGUUAUCUAACGCACCCCUGAGAGAUCUGGACCUCAGCGACAAUAACCUGGGAGAUUCAGGAGUGGAGCUGCUCUGUGCUGGACUGAUGAGUCCAAACUGUAGACUACAGAGACUGGGGCUGGGUUGGUGUAAUCUCACAGAGGGCUGCUGUGAUGUUCUGGCCUCAGUCCUGCGUUCUCCUCACUCAAAGCUGAGAGAUCUGGAGCUCAGAGACAACGAGCUGCAGGAUUCAGGAGUGAGAGCGCUGUCUGCUGGACUGGAGGACCCACACUGUAAACUGCAGAGACUGGGGCUGUCAGGCUGUAGAGUCACACAGAGAGGCUGUGAUUCUCUGGCUUCAUCUCUGUGUUCAAACCCCUCACACCUGAGAGAGCUGGACCUGAGAUACAAUCACCCAGGAGACUCAGGAGUGAGAGCGGACCAUGGAGGAGAGAACAGGACCAAACCAGGACCCAGGAAAUAUGGCUGUCAGCUCACACUGGAUCCAAACACAGUGUACAGAGGGCUGUCUCUGUCUGAGGGGAACAGGAGGGUGACAGACACACCGGGGAGAGUGGAGCCAUAUCCUGAUCAUCCAGAGAGAUUUGAGUCUGUGCCCCAGGUUGUGUGCAGAGAGAGUGUGUGUGAGCGCUGUUACUGGGAGGCUCAGUAUGAGUUCAGUGUGUCUGAGCGGGAGGGAUGGGUUUGUAUAGCAGUGACAUAUAAAGGAAUCAGCAGGAAAGGAGGGGGUAAUGACUGUAGGUUUGGACACAAUAAAAACUCCUGGAGUCUGAGGUGCUCUAAACCCAGAGACUCUGAUAAACUCAGUUACUGUGAUAAACUCAGUCACUCUGUCUGGCACAAUAAGAACCCAACACACAUACCUGCCCCCCCCUCCCCCUACCGCAGAGCAGGAGUGUGUGAUGCUGGUAGAGGAGUGUGCGUGUGCAGGGUAGGAGUGUGUGUGGACCGUCCGGCCGGCACUCUGUCCUUCUACAGCGUCUCUGACUCUGACACACUGACCCUCCUGCACAGAUUCCACACACACUUCACUCAACACACACCCCUCUGUGCUGGAUUUUAUGUGUUUGACUCCUCAGUGUCCCUCUGCUAA